AUGUAUACAUUCCUGCAGAUUGAUAAGAAACUUUUGAUGAUAAAAGUUCAUUUUUUUUUGGCGAUGGCCGGUUCUGCCCCGAUAAUUCCAUUCUUGUCGACGAUAUCGAUGCAACGGGGCUAUUCGUCUGUCAUCGUUGGUUUAAUCUUCACAUUAAUUCCACUUCCAGCCUUAAUUGUAAGGCCCGUUGUUGGAGCCCUAACUGACAAAUACAAAUGCCGCAAGAUUGCAUUAAUUACACUCAUAGUUAUCAACUGUCUAGUUAUCUGCGUACUGAUGUUUAUACCGGGCACGACCAUUGAAACAGAAAUUUCCGACGUCAAUGUGAUCAAGUCACCGACUUUUUGGCUGUUUUUCAGCACAAUUGCCAUGUUCAUUACAAGUACUACGGCGAGAUCCGUUUUGGAGAAUACUAUAUGCAUUGGCCUAUUAGGUGAAAAUAAAUAUAAAUAUGGUCAACAGAGAGUAUGGGGAGCAGUUGGUUGGGGCAUGAUAUCGUUCUUAUCCGGCGCAGUUAUAGACUGGUUCAGUAAAGGUCAAGACUACAAAAACUAUACACCUGGUAUGAUAAUUGCAUUGACCGCUUGCAUUUUAGAUACAUUUGUUGCAUUGAAAAUUGAGGUUGUUGAAAAUAGUGAAAGUAAAAUUGAAGUAUCUAAUGUAAAAAAAAUGCUGAUUAAUAUAAGAGUGCUAUCAUUUCUCUUAUGGGUUGUAGCCUUUGGAUUUUUCAAUGCCUUUAUAUGGUAUUAUUUAUUUUGGUACCUGGAUGAUCUAUCGUUAAUUUACCAUCCUGAAACGAUACCUUAUAUAAAGACGCUCGAAGGGUUGACUCAGACAAUUCAAUGUUUCGGAGGAGAAGUUCCGUUUUUCUUCCUGUCUAGCUAUAUUCUCAAACGAGUGGAUAACAUGAAAGUGUUUUCUUUAAUGUUUUUCGUGUUUGCUGCCAGAUUUUUCUUGUAUUCAAUAAUUACAAAUCCUGUUUUUGUCUUACCAGUCGAAUUGCUCAAUGGGUUAACGUACGCGUUGGCUUAUUCAGCAGCGACUUCGUACGCAGCAGAAUUAGCUCCUGUCGGGGCCGAAGGAACGCUUCAAGGAAUCGUUGGAACGGCAUUGUUGGGAAUAGGAGCGCCCGUCGGGAGUUUCGUUGGUGGUCAACUUUUUGAUCUCUUCGGAAGUAUUACUUCGUUUAAAAUUUUAAGCGGUACUGCGUUAGCGGUAUGCAUUACCCAAACUACUGUAGAUUUGUUACUGAAUCGAUAUUUUAAAGACAAGAAUUUUAAGGAAAAUGCAUCUUCUACCGAUGGUCCUACUAUUGACGCCAUUGAUAAUAAUUAUUUAUAA